UAUCGCAAAAAAGUGCAGAGCAAAACAAAAGAUAGGAUGAUGAUGAAGAAAAAUACUAGCAUUUAGCAUAUCUUCUUGAUUAAAGUGGUUUUCCUUCCAUCACAAAAUAGAUAAGAAUUACAAAAAUAUACUCAUAUAAUAGUUCGCACAAAGCAGACAGUAAUUGAUUCAAUUCGCAACAGAGGGUGAAACGAUAAAUUAACCCUUUUCCAGCUAUCAAAUGUCUAGAUUUCUAAACACAAACAACGCACUUAUCUUUAAAUAUUGUUUGACCACCACCUACAAACGUGUAUUAUUAAAUAAUCAAAGUUGUCUAUCGACGAGCAUUGCCAAGCACUUGUCAGUGAAAACAACAACAACAACAAUUGAUCAGAAAAACAUUCAAGAAGCAAUUGAAAAAACUAAUUUGCGUUCAAAAAGUUUCCAUAAAUAUCAACGCGUUAUGGAUGUACCUGAGGGAUUAUUCCGAGGAAAGGCAGACAGAUUCAAUGGAGUUACAGUAGACGCAAGUGAAGAGUACGACGAAAGUGUUGAUUUUGCGGAAAAAUUACAAAAAUCAAUUGACUAUUGGAUUGAAAAUGGUCGACGAGGCGUAUGGUUCAAAGUGCAGACGAAACAUUCGCAAUUUAUACCAGAACUGACAAAGCGAGGGUUCGAUUUUCAUCAUGCGAAAAAUGGCUAUGUGAUGCUCUUUAGAUGGCUACCUACCGAUGAAACCGUUAAUAUACCAGUUUAUGCCCAUACUUUGUGUGGAGUUGGUGGGUUGGUUGUAAACGAUAAAAACGAAAUUCUUGCUGUAAGUGACAAAUAUGCUUUAAUACCUAAUAGUUGGAAACUUCCCGGUGGCUAUGUUGAACCAAAGGAAGAUUUCGUAGAUGCAGCAAUUCGUGAAGUUCGUGAAGAAACAGGCGUUGAAACAACAUUUGAUACUGUUAUUGGUGUUCGACAAUCACACGGUGGUAGUUUUGGAUGUUCCGAUUUAUAUUUUGUAAUUGCUCUCAAGCCAAUAACAUCCGAACUCAAGGCUUGUCCACGAGAAAUUAGCAAAGUUCAAUGGAUGCCAGUGUCUGAGUAUUUGCAACACCCGCACGUUCACGAAACUAAUAGACAGUUUGUAAGAACGUUUCUACAUUACAAGGAUUCGGGAAUUAAAUUUAAUUGUGUUGAAGCGACGCAUCAAAUUCUAAACCGCAAAUACUGCCUCUAUUUGGUAGAAAAAGAAGCUGAGCAGAAGUAAGCACCUUCCAAGUUAAGCUAAAUAAAAAAUACGUGUUAAAUAAUUUGUUUGGGUAUUACGAAACAUUAAUUUAUUAAUGUAAAUAAAAGAAAAAUCUAUUUUUGUAA